AUGAAGGGAUAUAAUCUCCAAGGACAUAUUUUCAAGAGCGUUGAAGUAAAAAGCGAAACAGAUUGCGAUGUAAACUGCUACUUGGAAAGCGAUUGUAUAUCAUUCAACGUUGUAACCUCGCCUACGGAUGGAACGAUAACUUGUGAAUUGAGUAAUUCUGACCAUGAAACCCAUCCAGAGGAUCUGAGGCGCCAAUUUGGAGCCGUCUAUCAACCAAUCAAGGUAAAGGGUAUCACGUUCAGUGAACACAAAAGGCCGUGUUACAGUGACGAACAAUAGAGCUAUUUAGUAUUGACAAAAUAAUUCCGUCCACAAGAAAAUCGAGAGACUUAGAGUCACUUUUACGGAACACGACAAACUCGAGAUGCAUUAGUUAAAAUUUUACAAAUUAUGGAGUGGUAUACUAUGUUGAAAGAUAAGCCCCGUUGGUGGAUUCCAAUUUAUCUUUCAACAUAGUAUACUACUUUAUGGAAUGAAUAGGUAAAAACUGUCCAAAAAAAGUUGAUGAAUAAACGUUACAAGAAACAAUUUAUUCCGAUGUAAAAAUAAUAAAAAAACAAACCACAGGUAAAGGAAAAACUUGGUCACAUUGUACAAUUUGACGUUUGGUGGUAACGUCAUUUUAAAUCUCUCAAAUGUUAGUUUGUUUUGUUUUCCCUAAAGCAUGGAGGUUAGGGCACUAAAAAACUGCCAGCAAUUUUAUGCCAGGUUUUGUAAGGUAAUCAGAAUUGAACCAAUCAUGGGUGAGGUCCUUCCAGGGAGGGGGAGGAGGGUGUCCAUACCCAUUGAUCCUUUCAAUAACCCCCCCCCCUCCCCCCCCGCCCCACUUCUUGUUCCCAAAUAUAAAAUAUGACAGGUCUUGACCGUGAAACUUACCUUUCCCUGGUUCCUUGUUUCUGGUCAUAUCUAAGAAAUGGCAUCGUAACUUUAAAGUCGUUAAGUUUCCACAAGUAGCAAACUCGUUGCCAGUUUGUGGAGAACGAAAUUGAAUCCAGGUUUCCGUCCAUUAUCAGAAAAGUUCAACAUCAUAACUUUAAUGCUAAGACAGACCGGAAAAACAGAAAAAUGUCGCAAAAUAAAAAAGGGUGAAGGCGUAUUCGUUUGAGCUGUUAAGUCAACCUAAUAUUUCACGGUCUUGUUUUUAGGAAAACUCAACUUUCAGCUCGCCUCUUCUCUAAAAGUUAAUUCACUAUACACCUUUUUUUCCUAACAGAAAUUCGUUAUGUCCCCUUUCUCUCCAAAAUCCGGUAUGGAUGGUGGAGUUACGGCCACGUUAACUAAGAUAUCAACAAAUUGGGCAUCCAUCAUGCGCAUAUUUUCUACGUAUUAAAAAUUAUGGGCUUAGAGUGGUUAUAAAAUAUAGUUCAUAAGAAAUGGCAACGAAACAUCAGAUAUUACAUUUUCAGAUACUCCAUACGAGAGCCAAUAGAACAUAAAAGAACUUAAUUAAAAUAAAGUAAAACAGAUAUACAAACAAACACGUAAAGUACUGUAAAAAGGUUUGAACCCAAAAGUCAUUUUAUAAGUAGGUGGAGCAUGAUCGUCGAGGUGAGCCGGUAAAUUAGUGUUAAAUAGGACUAGUAUUUUUUAAUCCACUUAGUGUACAUUAGCAAAAAAAAAAACGUUCAGGGUAUUUCAGAAGAGGUAAUAAGCAUAACAAUUAUCUUGAUCCGUUUUCAAAAUACCGUUUUUUGUUGAGUCUACUUCCUUUCGAAGUACCUCAGACUCUGUACAUGUAAUAUAUUCUUGUAUACUGUUAUUAUAUCUUCAGAACGCCUGUUUAGGGAAUUUGUGUCCGCCGCAUUCAACAUGUCAAAAUGGAUACACCGACAAGGGAUACCGAUGUAAGGAACACACGGUGACAACUCCCACAGGUACUUUCCCGGCUCAAAUAAAACUAGUAAACAAAGGUUAGGGAGUGCGGGCGACAACGAUCGGAGGUCAAAACGCUUUUGUUCCAACGCUGUGCUUUGCGUAAGUUUCGCGUGACAGAUAGUCAAAACACUCGUGGUCGAGACGCUCGUGAUCAGAUUGCGUUCUGUGGAUUCUAUUCAUUCUUAGUGGAUGUAACAAUAUGUGACAUAUUCAUUGUUGAAAUAUAAGUCCCACUGCCUGGACAUUAUGAAACAGCCGAGCAUUUAUGCCUAAGUAGAGCAAGGAUUACGAAAUAAAGAAAAACAGGUCACGUGACUUAUAAAAUACUUUAAUAACUCUUAAUAAAAAUCCUUUAAUCCACCUUGCAAGGCUAAUUGACAAUCUAGACAGUUUCGCUGACAAUUUGAUGACAAGUAUUUUUAGGCUGAAGUUAAACAACCUUGCCCCGUUUGAGAAAGCAGGUUUUGUGACGUCAUGAUCCACGGAAUGUCACGUGAUGCUUGGAAUGAAUUUUCCAAAACUAUUUUAGUGAGAUAUGUCUUAUCAUAUCUUUGUGGAACUCUUUACUUGGAUUCUUCUGCGUCAUUAUAGAGAAUGUUUGCAUUCCCUGCGGGGAGUCUUUUCAGCCUUUUAACCCAUGCCUUAACUUGCCUGAGGAGUGGCCAAGCUCCCCAAGAAAGUGCUCCCCCCAAAAAAAUUCGCAUGCUGGCUACAUACAUGUGACGCAUGAGUAAUAACCUGGAGAUUAGGAUUGCAGGCUCCUCUUGUCGCCCGCAAUUAUACUUUGUUUAGGCAUGUAGUCAGUGAACAUACUAAAGCAAGCCAAUUUCCCACUUCGGCAACUAUAAGGGAAUGGCCCGUACAAGCUUUCGGUUCAACGAUUAUUGGAAUUCUUAAUGGUUGCCUUGAAUCCCAUCGACGAAUCGAUAUCAUAACUAAUGUUUUUCGCCCACGCUAUCCCAGAUAUCACUGCGCCUUAAACUGUAUCCAGGUAAACUCCCUAGAGUUUCUUGGGUGGAGAAUUGCAGUAUCCGUAAACAAAAUAUACAUUACUUUACACGACCAAAUUUUGGUCAUGUUAUUUACAAUAUAAGAGAACAAAAGGGAAAUUAAAAAAUAGAAAAGAUAUGAAAGGAGUAUAUUAUUCCAUCAAGAAAUAAAAAUAAAGAAAAGAAUAAUAAGACAUGAUCGACAUUUAUAAAUAUAUAUCAUCAGCAUACAGUGUAUUUUCUAAAUAAGGCACACGCACCGUUAAAAUUGUUUGUUUGAUGGUUGGUUUGAAUUUUGAAGGUCGCGUAACAGUGAAGAUGAUGAAGGGCAUUAUUGGUCACGGUAAAACAAAGUGUUCUCAAAAGUUACGUUAUUUGACCGAAGUCAGUGAUCCAUUAGCCGCCAUCACACGAGCAAAUGUUCACGUUAGAUUAUUUCACAUUUUAAAAAUACUAGUAGUGUCAGCCAUUAAAUUCCUUGUUUAAAUCUAAUCAGUUUUGCGUGUACUUUCCAAGCUUCGCAGAAGUCGAAAGCACCAGAGACCACUCAAGUGCUUGGAAGCAUUGAACCGCCACAUACCACUCGAGUGUUUGGCAUCACCCAAGCACCACAGAACCACCAAGACCCACUAACAACACAAACGCCGGGGACCACUCAAGCACCACAGGCCACCCAAGAGCCACUGACCACCCAAACACCAGUCAGUACUCAAGCGCCAGGGACCACCCAAGAUCCACUGACCACCCAAACGCCAAUGAUCACUCAAGCACCACAGACCACCCAAGAGCCACUGAACACCCUAAUGCCAGUGACUACUCAAACACCAGUGAUCACUCAGGCACCACGGAGCACCCAAGAGCCACUGAACACCCAAAUGAGAGUGACCACUCAAGCACCAUAGAGAGUUAAAGGUCCAUAGAUUCAGCUAACGCUUUAUAUUGGCCGAAACAAAACAAUUUUUCUGCCCCGUUUCAAUCUACGGGCACGCGAUAAUCAAGUAGCUUUACAACAGUGA